ACAACUCUGCACCAAGCAGCUUUUCACCAAAACAACCAACGACUAGAAGAGCUCCUACAAGACAAUGCUGAUGUAUCGGCAACGCAAACACCUCGCGACUUCACACCGCUUCACUAUGCUGUUCAAUUCGGCGACGAAAAGAGCGUGCAGCUACUCAUUGACGCUGGCUCAAACGUCUCUGCAAAAAGCUAUGAUGGCGUCACGCCUUUACACAACACGUCUGCCGGUGGCAAUGUGAGGAUCACCGAAAUGCUUUUGAAGGCGGGAGCGAAUGUUGAGAGCCGCAAUAUCGAUGAAGAAACGCCUCUCCAUGUCGUGUCAUUAUUUGGGGAGACACAAAUCGCAGAGCUCCUCAUAGACGCUGGGGCGGAUGUCUCGGCAAAGGACUGCUAUGGAAACACGGCUUUGCAUAUUGCUGCAUCCCACGAGCAUAUCGGGAUUGUUAAAGCUCUUCUUGACGCCGGCGCUGACGUUAACGCCGUAAAUAACAAUGGGGAUCCGGUGCUGCAUCAUGCAAUUAGCGACGGACCAGAAUGCGUCAAGUUUCUUAUCGAUCAUGGAGCAUAUAUCCACCUCAAAGGCGAAGGCGGUGAUACACUUCUGCAUCGCGCUGCGCAGAGCUCAUCUGAACUAGUGCGAGACUUGGUCAAAGGGGGGAUUGACCUUGAGGCAACCAACGACGAAGGAGCAACAGCUCUCCAUUGUGCUGCAGCAUGGGGAGAAACUGCAUCAAUGCAGAUUAUAAUCGAGAGCGGAGCAAAUUUCAACGCGGCCAACAAUGAUGGCGAGACGGUUCUGCAUAUUGUAGCGGGGAACCCUUCUCUCAGAAGCGGACGCGAUUCGGGUACGAAGGCAAAGCUUUUGAUCGAUGCGGGAGCAGACAUUCAUGCGAAAGCAAAGUCUUCAGAGACACCUUUAGAUUAAGC